AUGCCUUGGAUAAGAUUAAUUUCAGGAUCGUGAAAAUCUCUCCGUAUCAUGGCCCACGUGAGACACUUUCGGACAUUCGUUUCAGGAUUUUACUUCUGGGAAGCAGCACUGUUACUCAGCUUGGUUGCAACAAAGGAAACAGACAGUGCAAGAUCUCGAAGUGCUCCAAUGUCACCUUCUGACUUUCUGGAUAAAUUAAUGGGGAGGACAUCAGGGUAUGAUGCAAGAAUCAGACCCAAUUUUAAAGGCCCUCCUGUUAAUGUCACAUGCAACAUAUUCAUAAACAGCUUUGGCUCUAUCGCUGAGACGACAAUGGAUUACAGAGUCAAUAUCUUCCUUCGUCAGAAGUGGAACGAUCCUCGCCUUGCAUAUAGUGAAUACCCUGAUGAUUCUUUAGACCUAGAUCCUUCCAUGUUGGACUCCAUUUGGAAACCUGAUCUGUUCUUUGCCAAUGAAAAAGGUGCCAACUUUCAUGAAGUUACUACAGACAAUAAAUUGUUAAGAAUUUUCAAGAAUGGAAAUGUUCUUUACUCAAUAAGAUUGACAUUAACACUUUCUUGUCCAAUGGAUCUCAAGAAUUUUCCAAUGGACGUGCAAACAUGUAUAAUGCAACUGGAAAGUUUUGGGUACACAAUGAAUGAUCUCAUUUUUGAAUGGCAAGAUGAGGCGCCUGUACAAGUGGCCGAAGGACUCACUUUGCCCCAGUUUCUGCUGAAAGAAGAGAAAGAUUUACGAUACUGCACUAAACAUUACAACACAGGCAAAUUUACAUGUAUAGAAGUGCGAUUCCAUCUUGAACGACAAAUGGGAUACUAUCUGAUCCAGAUGUACAUUCCCAGUCUCCUGAUCGUGAUUCUAUCCUGGGUUUCAUUCUGGAUCAAUAUGGAUGCUGCUCCAGCCAGGGUAGCCUUGGGAAUAACUACUGUUCUGACUAUGACCACACAGAGUUCAGGAUCUCGAGCGUCCUUACCAAAGGUUUCAUAUGUCAAAGCUAUUGACAUUUGGAUGGCAGUAUGCCUCCUUUUUGUGUUUUCAGCACUUCUGGAAUAUGCAGCUGUAAAUUUUGUAUCUAGACAACACAAAGAACUUCUGAGAUUUCGACGAAAGAGAAAGAAUAAGACAGAAGCUUUUGCAUUGGAGAAGUUUUACCGUUUCUCAGACACGGAUGAUGAGGUAAGGGAAAGUCGAUUCAGCUUCACAGCCUAUGGAAUGGGGCCAUGUCUGCAAGCAAAAGAUGGUGUGACCCCAAAGGGCCCAAACCAUCCUGUCCAAGUAAUGCCGAAAAGCCCUGAUGAAAUGAGGAAGGUCUUUAUCGACAGAGCCAAGAAGAUUGACACCAUCUCUCGAGCUUGUUUCCCAUUAGCCUUUUUGAUUUUUAACAUUUUCUACUGGGUUAUCUAUAAAAUUCUUAGGCAUGAGGAUAUUCAUCAGCAACAAGAUUAA